AUGCUCUCAAUAAGACAUACUUCCACCCGAACACCACGUAUUUCAACCACUAAUGACGUUAGUAUCACUCGAAAUUUAACUAGUCCAAUUACAGGUAUGCCUGUCUACCCGGAUGACACUGUAAACAACCAAUUUCCCUCUUUAAACUCAAAAGAGGGUACUAAAAAAUAUAAGAAGCAACCAGCAAAUUUAAAAUUGGCAACUAACCAUGCCAGAUCAGGAACAAAAUCAAUUUUACAUAAAACAGAUGAAAAUACGUACGAUGACAAAACUGAUCGUGUUAAUAGGUGGGUACUAAAGCAUUCAUCAUCAGAGCAUAUAACACCACCUGAUCUUACAUCCCAACAUCCGAAACAUGUUACUUUUGUUCCAGCAGCAGAAGAACAACAAUCAAUGAAUAUGUCAACAUCUCCACCUCAAGAACUUCCUAAAAUUGAUUUUAAAAUACGUCGAAGUUCAUAUUUACCUGUUCAAAUUACAGAUUCAUUACCCGAUAUCGAUUUAAAUCAUCAAAAUAAUGAAGAAAAAAUUUUACAAACGAAAAAUCAUGACGAAGAUGAAGAGAUAAUUCCACUUUAUCAAAAACGUUUAUCGUUGGCUCCCUUGUACGCUCCAAGACUUCGUCGAUCUUCAAAUCCUGCAAUGUCUGUUUCAACAGCGGCAUCACGCUCAAGUAUAACGUAUAUUCCAUCCGUGUCAAAAUAUAGUCGUCCAUCAUUAUCGUCAACAAGUUAUGCAUCAACAGAUGGUGAUUAUGCUUCGUCUGAUACUGACACUAUUGUAUCAAAACCUUCAGUUGCUUCUCGUCGUAAAUAUUUUAAUCUUUUACAAUAUAAUGACAAAUUAUCGGACGAAGAUCACUUGAAAUUAGAGGAAAUUCGUGAUAAAACUCCCGAUGAAUUUGAACAAUUAUUACCGACACUAAUCAGAUAUGGUGUUAUUAGUAGUGACACAUUAUUAAGUGAUGAUGAACACAACAUUAAUAAACGACGAUUAUUAUCUAUUAUUAAAGAUGAUAAUGAACAAAUUGAACAUAAAAGAUAUCUCGAACAUUUAUACGGUAGUGUUAUUGUUGAUCACAAAAAACAAUUAAGAAAUGCUCUCACAUUCACUGGACAAUAUUCACUAUUAAACUGUUAUAAAGAUGAAAUUGCAAGAGAAUUAGAAUUAAGAGUGAAAAAUUGGCAACAAAUCAAAUUACCCACUACUGUUCUAAAUAUAUCAAAAGUACCAACUAAAAAAGGUCCAACAUUUAAUAAUUUAUCAGAGUUGACUUCUUCUAAUGGAAAAUCUACUUCACUCUCGUCUUCACUAUCACUAGGUACUCUAUUUCGAGCUAAACAAAAAUUUUUUACCCCACUUCGUAUGCUUGGUUUAUCAAUUCCUGAAGAAGAAACAUCUGACUAUGCUGACGAUGGAAAUAUAUCAACUGCAACAUCAACAACAUUAAUCUCGGCAACAAAACUACGUCGUCCAGCAACGAAACGUCAACAACAAUUAAAACAAAUUGAACAAGAAGAAAAUGAAAUGUUACAACGAAUAUUUCAAAAUGUUGAAGAACUACCGUUAAAUUGGCGUGAAAAAUGUAUUUCUAAGAUUAUUGAACAAGGAAUGGUACUUCUAGAUCAAGUUAGAAAAUUACCAUUACUACAAAAUGAAAAUAAUUUCUAUGAUUCUGAAUCUACAACACAAUCAUAUAAACAAUUGAAUAGACAAAUAAAUUCAGUUGCCAAUGAAAAUGAUCCACUUGUAGGUGCAACAGCAUCAUCAAUGAAAUCAAUGGAACGAAUUGUGGAAAUACGAAAAAAAGAAAUAGUUAAACAAUAUAGGAAAUGGGUAUUAUUAUGGGAAAUAUUGUACGAGAAUAACGAUGAAAACAUAUAG